CGUCUAUUGGCCAUCGCAUCGUGACGCCACUAGGGUGCGCCGCUCGCUUCGCGUUUUCUGUAGAGGCCUCUCGCCGGCCUUUUGCAGCCGCACUGCGUGGACUGGCCUAGCCCCUGGUGCCCACUGUCCUGACCUCCCGUACCGCGGGCACGAUCCCCACAGCGAAGGGUGCCAGGCAGGACCGGCCGUCGCGGCCAGGUGCUGAUGUUGGUCUCAGGGAGAAAAAGCUUGCUCACAACUCUGCUGCAGGCUCAGAAGCAGCCCUUUCAGCCCCACAGACACAUGAGACUGGUGCAAUUCCUGGCUCCCCACCUGGCGGGACCUCACCUGGGCCUGGAGUCGGGGAUUGCCGGUGGUGUCAUCGACCUCAACGCCUAUGACCCCACACUCCCCACGACGAUGACACAGUUCUUGGAGCAGGGAGAGGCCACCCUCUCGGUGGCAAGAAGGGCCCUGGCUGCACAGUUACCAGUCCUCCCACGGUCCGGGGUGACUUUCCUGGCCCCAGUCACGCGGCCAGACAAGGUGGUGUGUGUGGGCUUGAAUUAUGUGGACCACUGCAAAGAACAGAAUGUGCCUGUGCCCAAGGAGCCCAUCAUCUUCAGCAAGUUCGCCAGCUCCAUUGUGGGGCCCUAUGAUGAGAUCCUCCUGCCACCUGAGAGCCAGGAGGUGGACUGGGAGGUGGAGCUGGCCGUGGUCAUUGGGAAGAAAGGCAAGCACAUCCAGGCCACAGAUGCCAUGGUUCACGUGGCAGGCUUCACCGUGGCUCAUGAUGUGAGCGCUCGGGACUGGCAAGUGAGACGCAAUGGGAAGCAGUGGCUGCUGGGAAAGACCUUUGACACCUUCUGUCCCCUGGGUCCUGCUCUGGUUACCAAGGACAGUGUAGCAGAUCCACACAACCUGAAGAUCUGCUGCCGCGUGAACGGGGAGGUGAUGCAGAGCAGCAACACCAACCAGAUGGUGUUCAAGACGGAGCAGCUCAUUGCCUGGGUCUCCCGGUUUGUCACUCUCUAUCCAGGGGAUGUCAUCCUGACCGGGACACCGCCAGGUGUUGGGAUGUUCAGGAAGCCAGCCAUCUUUCUCAAGAAGGGGGAUGAAGUCCAGUGUGAGAUUGAAGAACUAGGGGUCAUUGUCAACAAAGUCGUGUGAUGGCUCCCUCACAAGCCCAGGCUGGAGACAGGACAGCCACCUGCUGCCAGUGGGCCCAGUGCUAGCCCCUCUGCCCCUGGGCUGCUCUUCAAAUAGGAGGGAAGAAGGUGGAACCCUCCACAAUAAAUUUGCCCAGGCAAAGUGGCA